GUCUUGUUUACCAUGCCCCGCCAGUCCUAAACCUGCGUGGCACCCAGCGCUGUGGACUGACGUCAAUUCAUCUAUAGAAAUAGAAGUGGGGAAAAAAAAUCGUUAAAUUUUACGUUCAGUUGUAAUACGUGUGUGUUUGGACUAAUAUUUCUAAAAACCAUUACAGGAACUCCGGCCCCACGAUGACAGCUGUGGCUUCCUGCAGGAGAUCUAUGGAUGCCAAGGGCUAGCCAAGAGCCCUAGCCCCCCCCCCUUCCCCGGGCUAUACCCACUGUACAGCGCUGUGAUGAUGUUGACGAUGGGGACACCGUGGGACAAUCGGCGCGCUGGGUUCCCAGACACCAGCUGACAAUGUCGUCAUCGACUGUCAUUCCUCGUGAGUUAUUCAACAGAGGCGCCGAAGAAUUGAUAACCGGAUUCUAAAAAAAAAAAGAACACCACGUGACACAAUGGUUGGAAUUAUUACGCGCAGUUCCAGCCUGAACUCGUUUUCGUCUAUUUGUUACUGUUUCAUCACCUUAACCAUCCACGCCUACUCGUGUUACACGGCCAUCUCCAGAUAUAAACUGGCCGAGUCCCGAGCAUGGCCGGGUGGUGGCGGCACGCCAUCCGAGUCGGCCAUUUUGCUGGGGCUGACGGUCCUGUCCUUGAUGCUGCUCCCCAUGCUAUGCGCUACGGCCUUCGUCAAAGUGGGGAACCUGGCGAACGACGGGAUCAAGCUAGGACGUGACCACGCCCUGGGGUGCUCGCUGGACGCGUCCCAGGACUGUAGCGUGAAGCACCACGGCGUGGCUAGAGUCUGGAAACACUUUUGUCCCAUAGCCCAGACCCUGCACAUCAUGGCGGCUUUUCUUCUACUGCUGCCAGAGACGUUUCUUAACGCCGUGGAAAUCAAAUUCGGAUACAAAUCUACAGAUGCAUCAUGGGCCAGUAACAUAGACUUCAUGUACCACCCUGAGCGAGCCUACCUGAGUGAAAUACGGAGCAGUGUCAACGUGUCUCACUACUCCAACGCCACCCACGUCAUCCUACCCACCCCCCGGGUGCCGUCUGAAGGGUGGUCGGAUCGCAUGACCAUCAGCAUCACCUUCGUCAACUUCUGCUUCGCCCUCAUCUGUUUCCUCGUCCGCUACGCCUCCGUCUUCUGGUACACCAACAAACUCAUGACCGCCGUCUUCGCCCUGCAGCUCUUCGGUAUGGUGCUCAACUCCAUCUUCAGCUUCAACUGCUUCUCCACGCUCUACUGCGUCUGCUACAACAAGAACCUCUUCCCCAACGUCCACCUUUCGCUAGGGUGUAUGGUCGACCUGGUGCUAUACCUCAUCGGCAGCACGAUCCUCAUCCUCUCGACUAUGACUGUGUUCGAGUACGGCUCGCAUUACUUUCAUGAAAAAUUUAAAAUCGUGGAGCGGCACCACAAUCCUGAAAGCUACAUCAAGGAGACGUUAAUCGUCAACAGCGGGUGUCAAGGCUACAUCCCGCAUUCGUGCGCCAUGGGGGCGCUGGUUGUGUUUGCUGUGUGUAAAGGCCCGCUACUCUACGAACAAGUUUCUUUAAUGCGCCUGACCGGCGAUCAGCUUCUCUUAUCCGGGAUUGUUUGCGAGGUUUGUUACAUGGUUCUGUGGGUAGCGUUAUGGUUUGGGUUAACUAUCAAGCAACAGUGGAAGUUUAGGAUUCUCGAUUACGUCCCGCUGAAACAACCAUGCCAGUUGUUAUCAGACGACUGUAUCGUCAAAACUAGCCAACACGGGUUCGGGGACCACAGCCAGACGGACAGCUUGACGCGGUCAAGACGCCUGAGUGGACGAGAGAGCUAUCCCAGGUACUGCGAUAACGGAGCGGCAUUAACCGCCGGGACCUAUGAGGACAACUACCAUUCCGAUAUUUGCACGGACGAUUCGGAUUUAAUCAACAACGCCGGGGAAGUGAUUCUCGACUUGGACGGGAACCCCAGCGCCACCGACAGCGGUGCCAGACGACAAAGAAACCGCCGGCACGGCGGUCAACGCGUCACAUUUGACGAGAAAGUCAGGAGCAGGCGCUCCCCCAGCAAGGAAAACUACACCCCCACCAGCAGCCUAACGCGGCAGGGGCACCCCGCCGCCUCACAUCGUCACGAUGACGUCAACCAUCUAAAUAUAGUCGCGGAUAUACACAACACCGUGCCGUCAUCACCCACAGCUCAGGGCGACAGUGACGUCAUUCUGCGCAACAAACCCACGGACAACUCCACAUUGACUCGUGAAUACAGAAACAGCAUUAGGAGUAAAUGCGGGGAGUAUUAUUCCAGCUCCAACAACCUUUCCGGGUUCGAGGAAGCGGUCCUGGGAACGAGUCCCCCGGAGACUCUGACCACGCUUAUGUCCUCUUUCCGGGACAAAGUUCGUGAGUCGUCAAUAGCGGCCAGCACUUUUAAAGAACGUGAGCGGCACAUGCUCGAACAGUUUGAGUACGUGGACCCGCCCCCUCCACCUAUUAUCGACGACCUGGAGAACGUCGAGACGGAAAAACGCCGCUGUAUCGCCAUCUCAGACGAGGACAUCGGAAACCUCCGGCUGGAGAAUUCCGGCAUGAACAUCCCCGUGGACCCUCGGGACACCAAGGACGUUUACUACAGAUACGACGACAACAUCAACGAUUACCCCAAGACUUCGUCCUUGACCCGAAAAGGCAAACAAAAAAGUGAGGAUGGACACCACAACACCGCCACAUCUGAUGUGAACGCGCCGCCUUUAAUGGAAGACAUUCACUCGGGCAAGACGAGAGUGGUGGUGGUCCCCAAAGAUAGCCAUCAUCACCUGAAUGGAGUAAAUGUUCAACAAAGAUUAAAGUGAUACAAUUUUAGCUGGGAGUAGAUGGUGAUCUGUUUAACAAGGUGCUAGGUUGAUUGAUGACAGAACAAAGGCUGUCUGGUGAAAUGGAGUAAAGGCUGUGGUGACACAGAACAAAGGAUGUGUGGUGAAAUGGAGUAAAGGCUGUGGUGAUAGAGAACAAAGGCAGUGAUAUUGAACAAAGGCUGUGGUGAUACAGAAUAAAGGCUGUGGUGACACAGAACAAAGGCUAUGGUGACACAACAAAGGCAGUGGUGACACAGAACUAAGGCAGUGACAUGGAACAAAGGCAGUGGUGACACAGAACAAAGGCUGUGGUGACACAGAACAAAGGAUGUGGUGACACAGAACAAAGGAUGUGGUGACACAGAACAAAGGAUGUGGUGACACAGGACAAAGGAUAUGUAGUGACAUGGAACAAAGGAUGUGUGGUGACAUGGAGUAAAGGCUGUGUGGUGACACAGAACAAAGGAUGUUGUGACACAGAACAAAGGAUGUGGUGACACAGGACAAAGGAUGUGUAGUGACAUGGAACAAAGGAUGUGUGGUGACAUGGAAGAAUGGCUGUGUGAAAAUGGAACAAAAUCUGUGGUGACACAGUGCAAGACACAUAAAGGCAGUGGUGACUUGGAACAAAGUAUGUGGUGAAAUGGAACAAAGGCUGUGUUGACACAUAACAAAGGCUGUGUGGUGACAUGGAAGAAUGGCUGUGAAAUGAUACAAUUUAAUUAAAAAAUUAAUUGUAAGGUGUUAAUGUACACCUUCCAGCAGUAAUCAACAUAAACAUUCUUUUAAAAGUUUUUAUUUGUCAAAAAUCUGUCAUUUACAAUUGGCACAUGCAGAUGGAGAGGUGAUUGCAAAUGAUGUAAUGAAACUGACAUUUGUGUAAUAAGUAUUAUUUUCAUUUUUUAAUAUAUAUUAUAUAAAACAAACAUUACACAUGUAUGUAUGUACGUCUAGAAUUAACUUAGUGCAGUUAGAGACACGAGAUGUUAUUGAAUGAUUUGACUUAUGUGAUUUUCUAUCCAUUUGUGUGUUUGAUGCUGUUUAAAUCUUGUGCACAUGUACCAACUCAAAAGUAUACACUGAAGGUAUACAAUCAAAGCAUACAUUCUGGUGCGAAUUAAGGAGUGUUUUUAAAAAGUGUGAUUUUUAUAUUUAAGCUACUGUGAAUUUUCCAUUAAAAACCAUUUACA